AUCCAACCCCAAGAUGGAGCGCAAUGCGAGGCUCCCCAGAACUGCGCCCCUACAACAGCCUUCCUAGAAAUCAAGACAUUAAUAACUACCCCUCAUUGGCCUUACACCAAACCAACCUCCAAAACAAGGAGUUAUCAUCAUCGCCGCCCUUCAGAAGAAGAUCGCCCAGGAGAACGCAAUCCGAAGACAUCUACGACGAUCAAGGUUCUCUCUAUUCAGGCAGAGGCGGCUCGCCUCUAACACUAAGAGGGGAUUCUCCUGGCACACCCAACGAUGUGUUCGUUCAAAGAUCUCCAGAGGGAUUUAACCAUAGACCCGUCAGGAUUAAUCCCUUGAUAAAGAGAGGGGAUAGCAGACAGGACUUGGAAAGGAGGUUAUCGCCUAUGAGAAGGAGUACUGAGGGGAGUAGCGAGGAAGGAAGUUCUAAGGAAGAUGGUAGCCCCAAAUCUAAAUCUAAAGGUAUACUCACGCCCGAACCAAUACGAAAGAGCGAACGACCGCACAUAGAAAAACGAGUCAGUUUCGAUACCAAAUCUGUUCCUAUUUUGAGAACCCAGUCUUUAAUGGAAAGUCGAUCGCAGACCCAAGUGCCAAAUAAGCUUCCAGCACAUCAUCAGGCUCACCAAGAAGAUCACAGCGAUCUUUCUGAAGAAGCCUCAGCGGUGCAACAUGCUAUUCACCACGAACCUAGGGAGGCCACGUCUCCUGUCGAAACAUGCGAUAUCGAGCCAUUCAGCGGAACGGUUUUUCGAAAAAUGAUGGUUAGACGACGACGACAAAACGAAAAAAAAUUGGCCGCCGCGGCUUCAGCUGCUAAUUCAACCACGACAUCAGAGAACGGUUGGCGCAGAGGUCCGGACAGCGACCUCUGGGACAUUCUUCUGCCCGAAGGCGACGACUACAAGCUGGUGUUCAUCAACUCCUCGGACGGCUCCUCCAAGGAGGAAACCUCCUCCAGGGAGGAGGACGAUAACGACAGCUCCUCCACGGCUUCCAGUUUUCCCAUAGACGAGUGCGAUUGGGAUUACUUCGAGCCAGGGUCCAAGCCUACGCCGGUCGUCAACUGGAGUUCGCCCUUCGGGUCGCCCAGAGUGUAUAGAAGAGACGCGGUGGAGAGUCCCAUUGGAUCGCCGCUGGUGUAUAGAAGACGCUUGCGUGAAUCGGACACCGGCACCGAUGAAGACAAUACUCGCCAAGACAGUGGUUCCCCCGCGUCUUCAGACAGCAUAUUCCACUCCCGCAUUCACGCCGAAGAACCAUUCGACGUUCCCCAACCCACCGGAACCGCCGAUAAAACCCCGGAGGACAGAGCCGCGCUUCAAUGUCUUCAUCCUGAGGAUGUUUCGCAAAAACCCUCCUGCCACGCUUGCGGCGCCACCACUCAAUACAUCCCCAUUCCGGUACCAGUACCGAUACCAUUCCCGGUGCCCGCCCUAUGGCCCCACCACCACGAACCACCGCUGAUGCUCUUCGGCGAGCAGCGCUUUCGAGUGCUUCCGCGCAACCUGUGGCCGUACCUGAGCCAGGCCGCCCUUAUCUGGCCGACACUCGGCAUCAACGGCGGUACGGACGAUACCACUAUGCCCGCGUCGACCGACCGUGAUGUACAAACGCACAAAGAACCUGACGCUCCGGCGAGCGGUCAAGCGGAAGAAGAAGAACUUACCGGGUAUUUAGAGUGCGAGAAUCGGUACGUGUCCUCCAGCGAUUCUAGUGAUUCCAGUGACGGGUCUGAUGACAGACCGAAACCGCGAGUGCAUAGGGUGUAUAACGUCAGCGGUACCGAUCGACUUAGCGACGAUGCUUUGCCUAGCAGUAACGUUACUAGCGAUUGCGACGAGGAAGACGGGCGUAUGUCGCAAAGUUCCGUAAGGGAGGACGAUAUGUCUUCAUCGGGUUCUGCUGAUACUGAUAGCGAUGAUACCGGCACCGUCGCCGAUCAAAAACCCAAGCGUUUCUCGCGAAUUUUCGUGGUUAAUAAGAACUUAUCUUCUUCGUCCGAUACAUCAAGUUGCAGCAGUGAUACCGACAGUUCCGAUAAUGAUACCGAUACUGAAAUGGACUGCACUGUUAUCCUAACCAAUAUGAAACAAUUGGACGAAGAUGUUGAGGAACUUAGCGAUAAUCGAGUCUGUGAUAAUGAACCCGGUGAUAAAAUUAUUAGUGAGAAUCAUCCUGAUAUUGAAAUUAAAAGCGAGAAAGAAAACGAAUACGUAUCGUCCAGCCCAGGACUGUCCGAUGUUAGUGCUGAAUCCGUGAAUUCUAGUGAUGUCGAUCAAGUUAUUGAAACCGCUAAUGACGCUGUAAAUAACGAGGUUAACGAACUCUUUUCGCAAAAUAAUUAUGGUAAAAAAAGUGAUACAGGUAGCAAAGAAUACUAUUUUAUUGAAGAAAUUUACGAUGUUAAAGUCGCUACCUAUAAUUUCUUGUUUAGAGAAAGGAACGGUUUUAUAAAAGAAAAUGAUUUGUCUGCCAAUAACGACGACGAUAAUGAUGAUAAAAAUACGAAAGGAAUGUUGUUAAAUAACGACGAUAUCGAUAGUUUGGAUCAACACAGCAUUGGCUCUUCUACGAAGGAGCUUAUUAAGGAUGAGCGCCUCAUUAGCGAUAUCAGCUGUCCGGUCAGUGAUAGCGCGCGAUCAAUGGACAGCGUCUUCGGAAGGGAAACUCCAGCAGCAGCGGGCGCCGAUGAACAGUGUGCGCUCGGUGAAUGGAACCAGAUUCGGUCUGUCGAUGCCGUUAGCGUAGAGGGGAAAUCAUUAUUGCACGCUCGUAACGACGGUGUUCAACCAGGUGCGAUAGUCUCUGGCGAGGUUCAGGCACGUCAUGCCGCGCGUUACACGAGUCUAGUGAUGAUAACCCAAGAUUCCGCCCCCAAUUAUCAACAAGUUAGUGUCGUUACGUCGGAUACCACAACCGUAGUGCCGGAAAAUGAUGUCGUCGUCCGACAUACCAAUUGGCAAGUGUCUCAGGAUAAGCGCGAAGAAAAAACGUCAGAUAAUCAAAACCAAGAAAGAGAGAGCGUGACCGUGAUAACUGGGGGCGAUACUCUUUCUGCGUUCGAAGAAGGCCUUGCCGAUGACGACUCCUGGGUGGAGAAUCUCAGCCACGACGAAGAGGAAGAGGACGAAGACGAGUUCGCCACUAAUUCUGGAACGGAGGAUUCGUCCUCCGGUGAAGAGGUGACGCUCACCUGCUCCGCCGCUAUCGACCAUGAAGAAGACCUACGAGGCUAUCAUCGCACAGCAAUAGACUUCACUUUGCAUACCAUCGUCGAGGAGAGUUGCGAAGAAAGCGAAGUCGAACAAAAUGCUCCAAAGAAGAAAGAACGACCCGCUUCUGCUACCGAUUUAGAAAAAUAUUUCUUUUUCGGACUGGGUGAUGGAAUGGCGCCUUCUUUACCGUCCAACCGAGAAGAUGCCUUCUCCGAGACUAGCAGCAUCUACAGCGAAGGAAUGGAGUCCCUCGGUGGAAGUGAAGAUCCUCAUACUCCUAAUGAUACCUCCGAUCCAACCGAACUAGCCUCUUCUCGAUUGGAAAAAUAUUUCUUAAGCGGCUUCAUGGGAUUCACGGCUGAGAGAAGGGAUUCAGACGGCAGUGUAGGUAGUGACAGCGAAGGAAGACCUAGUCCAGAACAAAGAAGAAAACGACUAGUAAGAGCUAGAGGCACAGGCAGAUCACAUUCAUCCUCGCUGGAUAACUUAGAUAAUGCUAUCAGUGAGCAAACAAUAGAAACGCAGAUGAGUUCUGAAGAUUCUUCCAGUUCUGAUUCAGAAAACUACGAUGACAAUAACAGUUUUGAAAAAGGAGAUGGGCAAUUUGAUACGGUUAAGAGAAAGAAGAACAAGAAACCCAAUAAGAAUCCUCAGUCGGUUGACGAAUCCAAGAAUUUAGAAGCCACUCAAGAAAUUGAUGAAAAGGACAGCGAAACCGAUGAAGACGGUAACAAAACACCACAACCCGAAAUCCAAACUUCCAUAUCAAAUUUAACAACAACUAAGAACCAACAAAGUAGAGACAGCGGUUUUGUAGGCAGCUGUGAUGAUCUGCUACGCGAACAAAGAGAUAAUAGCACACCAGACAUAUCAACGUUCCUCAAAUCCGAAUUAAAAACAGAUCUAGAAGAUAUCACCGAAGAAAAGAAGAUAGAAGAAAAGGUGAUAUCACUCUCGGCCCCGCCUGCCACUUCAUUGACGCGAAAAGACAGUUUCAACAAUUGGAGCUCAGACGAAGAAACCAAUCUCAUGAUGUGCAAAAUGAGACAAUUCUUCAAGACAAUGGUUGCCAAUUCGCAAUUGAACGCUUCUUCCAAACCUUCCACGCCUAAUUUAGGCAACGCCGCCAAAUGUCUUCCGAGUCCGCGUGCCAAACGGUGCAAACCACCUCAAUUGGUUUAUUUCGAAAACGAAUUGACAAGACUCAUGAAAACCGUUCCGGGUAUUAGAGAGGAUCAAGUUAGAGAGAUUGUUGAGUAUCUGAGCAGCGAAGAUACUUGGAGCGAUUCCUACGAUUCUUCCGAUUACACUAGCUCCGAUUUGGAAAUAACGACUUCCAAAACUGUAUUGCAGCAGCAGAUAUCCGACAGCUGCAAGCAGAUUAUCAAUAAAUUCGAUAAUAGGAUUGACGAUGAAGGAGACGAAGGUGAUGGAGGUAUUAUCGAUGAGUCUCAUGGGAUAAAUAAAGAGACAGCGUUCGUUUAUCAGAAACUGGUGGCUUCUUUCGAGAAAAUGGCGACUGGAGAUACUAACGAAAGUACUACUCCGACAGCAACUCCCCACAGCUCUCCUCCUUUGAUAGCGAAAGUGAUGCAUCACAUCGGUAGUCGGUUAGUAGCUUUAAUGCACGAAGUAUCUAGUGGGGAGAGUCACGCUAGUAACUCACCAAAAACGAAGCAUUAUCACAGGAGAUUGCAGCAUAAAAUAUCGUCAGCUUCCAGUACAACUACAGAAGACGAUUAUCCGGAAUACUCAGAUAUGAUGGGCUGUGAAGAUAACCACGUGCCUUACAACCUGCUUCCUAGAAGUAGAUCGCAUGAUUUAUUGGUGGGAGAGUCUCGCGUAUUGCAUCAAUCUGGCGGAGUUUCGGAUGUAGCCGAAGAAAAAGAAGCUAGUGAUUGUGAACGGUUUAGUUGGCGCGGUAGUUUCGAAUCCGCUCUACUCGCUAGUGAUUCUCGCAACAAGCUAUCGCUACUAGGUGGCGAAGGAUCCGCUUCCGCUUCAGCGCUAGCGAUAGCGGCCAAAAGAAGAUCCGCCGGAGACUUGUUAUUCAGUCACAAAAGUUUGAGUCGUGAACAGUUAGACAGAGUGCGAAGUUGUGGCAGCAUCGGUGGUGCAAAUAGUGAGGAUAAACUAUGGGUGGCUUCGGCUAUAAGGCCGAAUAGGAGAAGAUCUAGUGUACCAGACGCGACCUGUGGUUCGGGCGGUUCUGCAGAUGGAGAAGACGAAGAUGAGGAUAUUGAAAGUAGAUCGACUUUGCCGAGGAGUUUGCAGGGCGGUGCUCCUACCACUAACUCUUUGCCGCGUCUUCCUACGACCGUUUCUUCGAAUAUCAUGCAGAAGAGUCAGAGUCAUCACUUUUUGUCGCAGAAUGUUAAGAGUGCUCGCUAUAGACCGCCGGGGUUUAAUCGGUUAACGUCGAUACCUAAAAGGGCGGUUUCUGCUCCGGGACUCCAACCGAGUCAUCAGAGAAGGGGAAGGCGAUCUCAACAAACCAAUGUUCCUAACGAUGAAUCCGGCGUCAGUGAGGCCCAUUCAUCGCCGAUGCUCGCAUCGACCCCUAAGAAUAACUCGAAGAAUAGCAGUCCCAGUCCUGUCACCACUGGGAUCAGGCGGACAGGAUCGAGGGUUGGCCAGGACUGGCAAAACGAAGACGAUUUCGAUAGACUUGGUCAUGGAAGGGCGAGUUUGUCUACUCUUGGGGCACGCUCCGACUCCAUGGCUAGUGUGUACUCAGGAGCAGGCGAGGGUAGGUAUGGUACUGUAGCGGUAAGAGGCCAAGUCGAAUUUGGACUUCAGUACAACUAUAAAGCAGGAGCGUUAGAAAUACAAAUCAAACAAUGCAAAGAUUUGGCGCCGGUGGACACCAAAAGGAAUCGAUCCGAUCCUUAUGUUAAAGUCUAUCUGUUACCCGACAAGUCCAAAAGCGGCAAACGAAAAACGAAGGUGAAAAAACACACCUUGAAUCCAGUUUUCGACGAAUGCCUCAAAUUCCACAUGUCCUUGAACGAUUUGGAGACAAGGACACUGUGGUUGACUGUGUGGCAUUCCGAUAUGUUCGGCAGAAACGAUUUCUUAGGAGAGGUCAUGAUGACUUUAGAAAAUAAAGUCUUCGAUGAUCCUACUCCUAAGUGGUACAAUCUUCAAGAAAGGACUGAGCCGUUUGAGGACGCUCCCACUUACAAAGGCGACGUGAUAGUUUGCUUGAAAUUCAUUCCUCCCGAUAUGACAGUUCAAAAGAAGGGCAAGCGAUCAAGGGGAGCCCUCCACGUUUUAGUCAAAGAAGCGAAAUCUUUGACUGCUAUCAAGGCUAAUGGAACUUCAGAUCCUUUCUGUAAAAGUUACCUUCUUCCCGAUAAAGGUCGAAGUUCCAAACAGAAGACCCCAGUAGCCAGAAGAACUAUCAACCCCGUAUGGAAUUACACCUUCAUAUACGACGACGUAACGUUACAAGAAUUGUCUGAAAGAUGUCUUGAACUGACGGUGUGGGAUCACGAUAGAUUAGCCAGCAAUGAGUUCCUGGGAGGCGUGAGAUUCUCUCUCGGAACAGGAAAACACCACGGAAAACCGGCAGACUGGAUGGACGCGUCAGGUAGAGAAUUGUCCUUAUGGAAAGACAUGUUGGAAAAGCCCAAUUUCUGGGUAGAGGGCUCCCUUUCGCUGAGGUCUACCCUGGAGUCUCGCGGAUCAUAA